CGUUCGUUGGUUGUUGUGUUAAAAUAUGCAGAGAAUAAUCGACGAAUUUAUCGUGUAAUUAGAAACGAUGGAAGUGGACGGUUCGAGUACGUCGAGUGAUUCCACGUCGCCCCAAUACGGUUUAAACGUGAAUUAUUAUUCGUCUGAAAGUAUCUAUUUAAGUGGUGCGAAAAGGGAAUUUGAUGGGUAUUUUGGAAGGGAGUUUUAUGCAGAGAAGAAUGAGAAAAAAGGCGUUGAUGAGAAAAUGGGGAAGAGACUUGAAGAGUUUGUGGUUAAUUCAACUAAUAAUAAUAAUAACAAUAAUGGUGGUGGUUUGAAGAAUAGGGGUGAAGAAUACCAGAAGAAAGGGUUUUCUUACAGUGGUGGAUUUAGUAAGAAAAUGGAUGAAUUGGUUGAUACAAUGAAGAAUCAAUUAAAUUACUAUAAUAAGAAAAAUGAUUCUAACACUAUCCAUUUGAAUAAUGUUGAUGGAUUUAAUAAGAAAGCUUUAAGUUUUUCACCAGAUCAAGUGCAAUGUAUGUGCGAAGCUUUGCAACAACGUGGAGAUAUAGAUAGGUUAGCAACGUUUCUAUGGUCAUUACCACCGUCGGAACUCUUGAGAGGUAACGAGAGCGUUCUACGAGCACGUGCAGCGGUUGCUUUCCAUAGAGGAUCCUAUCAUGAAUUAUACGCAAUACUAGAAUCCCAUGCAUUCCAUCCACGUUGGCAUACAGAUCUUCAAAGUUUAUGGUUCAAAGCGCAUUAUCGAGAAGCUGAAAAGGUCAGAGGACGCCCUCUAGGUGCUGUAGAUAAAUAUAGAUUAAGAAAAAAAUAUCCUUUGCCAAAAACGAUAUGGGAUGGAGAAGAAACUGUUUAUUGUUUUAAAGAAAGAAGUCGAAAUGCUUUAAAAGAAUGUUACGCUAGGAAUAGGUAUCCUACUCCAGACGAAAAAAGGGCGUUGGCUAAAAGGACUGGGUUAACUUUAACACAAGUUUCAAAUUGGUUUAAGAAUAGGAGGCAAAGAGAUAGAACACCUCAACCAAGACCGGAAAUCCUCUUAAGUAACAUGUCAUUAACACAAAAUAACAUGUUAACAUCCCACCAAAAUAAUCUGGAUAUGGCAGCUUUUCAAGCUGCUUCUAAAUUAUUUGAUCCAACUUGCAAUAUGUCACCUUGUUAUACAGAUUACCAAGUACCUUGAACAUCGAAUUAUAUCGAUGGGAUCUUUUACGACUGUUUAGCUUUACUUAGAAAUGUAUAUUAGAUGUGUGUACAAUAUUACUGUAUAUAUAGAAAAAAUAAAUGCGUUCAAAAUGAA